AUGGGCCAAAUACUUUCUGCCCCUGUAACAACAAAACAUUCAACAGAAGGAGAAAAUAAACGCCUUAUGUAUGGUGCUUCUGCUAUGCAAGGCUGGAGAAUAACCAUGGAAGAUGCACAUACCCAUAUUUUAGAUUACAAUGAUACCGGCGCUGCUUUUUUUGGUGUCUUUGAUGGUCACGGAGGCUCCAAUGUGGCUAAAUACACUAGUCAGAAACUAAAAGAAAACGUCAUUGAGUCUGACGAUUUCAAAAAUGGAAAUUAUAAAGAAAGUCUUCGAAAGGGAUUUCUUAAAAUUGAUUCUGAUUUACGACAAGGUAACGUCAUCUCUCUCUCUCUCUUUGUUGACAAACACACACUAGAUCCUGAAUUUGCAAAUGAAGCUUCAGGCUGUACUGCAAUUGUGGCCUUAUUGACAAAAGACAAUGUGCUGUAUGUGAGUAAUGCUGGUGAUUCGCGUGCAAUUAUUUCUGCUCAUGGACUUGCUAUUGCUCUAUCACAAGAUCAUAAGCCAAGUAAUCCAAAAGAAACAGAAAGAAUACAAAAAGCAGGUGGACAUGUUGAAUUUGGAAGAGUCAAUGGUAAUUUGGCAUUAUCAAGAGCCUUGGGUGAUUUUGAAUUCAAGAAUGCAUCCAAUUUACCACCAGAACAACAAGCUGUUACAGCUGACCCAGACAUUACAGUACACACACUUACCGAGAAGGACGAAUUUAUGGUGUUGGCUUGUGACGGUAUUUGGGAUUGUUUGACAAAUCAAGAAGUAGUCAACUUUGUACGAAAACAUAUAGCCAACCGUGCUUCUCUAAAAGAGAUUUGCGAGAAAUUAAUGGAUAGUUGUUUGGCCGAUGCCACAGGGGCAAGUGGUGUAGGUUGUGACAACAUGACAGUAGAAAUUGUAGCCUUUUUGAACGGAAAAACAAAAGAAGAAUGGUAUGAUAGUAUUCGAGAAUCUGUCAAGGCUACAUCACCUUCGGAUAUUACAGAAACAAGCAUAGAUGAAGAAAACAAGAGUUACUCAACACUAACAAAGUCAGAAUCAAGGCAAUAUUCUGCUAAUGAAUUAAAGGAAUUACCCAACUUGGCUGCACCUUUGGUGAACGAAGAUACAAAAGAACAAAACAAUUAA